AUAUAGCCAAAAGGUUUUCAGUCCAUACGGACCCAAUAUCUUGUAAUGUUGAACGUUAAUUAUGUUUAAUUAAUAGUAGUAUAUAUUAUCCUUGUUUAAAAAGCAUAUUUGAUUCAGUCCAUCUUGUUUUUACAAAUUCAAAAGAAAAAACUAUUUAUAAUUACUCAUUACCUAAAAGCAUAAACCUUGAAAGCAUUGGUCACAACAAUUUUGUAAUGUAUUUCACAUAUAAAACGUACCUAAAUUUAAUUUAUAUUAAGUCUUUUGUUCUUUUUACUUAAAAGCCAUCACCUUAGGUUAUGUUAAGAAUUGGUCAUUCCCAAUAUUCUAUGAGCAAAAAACUAGUUCUAUCUACAUUUAUCCUAGCCUUAUACUACAAACUAGGAGUACAAAAUCAACCUAGAAAGUUCGAAUCUGACGUUUAUAAAUAUUCAUUAGAUUUGUUAAGUGAUAUUUGUUACUAGAUACCAAAAUAAAAUCUAAAUUAGUGGAUACGCAACGUGCAGAUAAAAAAUAAUCUAGAAAUUGUUAAGAAAAUAUUUCUCCCAUUAUUUAUUAAAAUCCUCUACAUGUAUUCAAUUUUUCUAGUAUAAAUAGAACCAUUUUCAUGUCAUCUGUAUAAGCGAUUAGCAAAAUAGCAAGGUACUCUAUUAAGUUAUUAAUGGCCACGGGUUCUAAUUUUCCUCAUUUUCUUUCUAUUUGCAUUUUUGUUUUUCUUUUCUGCAAUUUGGUUGGUGUUUGUUCUUGCCGAUUACUCAAUGUUAGUUUAGAUAGUACUGGUGGAUUUUCAUCAGCGGUGGCAACUUGGUAUGGAGAUCCUACUGGAGCUGGCAGUGGUGGGGCUUGUGGACUGGAAGAUGAUGUAGCAAACGCUCCAUACAACGCCAUGAUAACUGCUGGAAAUCAAGUUUUGUUCCAACAUGGUUUAGGAUGUGGCUCAUGCUAUCAGGUCUUAUGCAAUCAGAAUCAAGAAUGCUCAGGUAAUCCAAUAACAGUAGCUCUUACAGAUGAGUGUCCAGGAACAUGCAAUGAUGAUCCAGUUCACUUUGAUUUAAGUGGAUUUGCCUUUGGAGCUAUGUCAAAAUCUGGCCAAGCAGACCAAUUGCGUAAACUUGGAAGAAUCGAUAUUUCCUAUAAAAGGGUGGCAUGCGACUACAAGCAAAAUAUUAUGUUUAAGGUUGAAAAGGGAUCCAACCCUAAUUUCUUUGCUAUUGUAAUUGAAGCUGAAAAUGGAGAUGGUGAACUCUCUUCGGUUGAGAUAAGACCAACAAGUUCCAAUAAGUGGCUUUCCAUGCAACAAAUGUUUGGAGCAACUUGGUCUGCAAAUAUUCAUCCAAACACACAAAAACCUCCAUUCUCUGUUAGGUUAACUUCACAGAAUAAACAUCAGGUUCAAGCUGAUAAUGUCAUUCCUGCGGAUUGGCAGCCAAGAGCAAUCUACAAAUCAAAUGUCAAUUUCUCUCCCCAAUUAUAAAGUCUUUUAAUUUUAUUUUGAGGAUUGGAGGAAUUUGAGAGAUUAUCAAGUAAAAUGUUGGACUUUUUUUAUACACCAACAUUUUGAUAUAAUAAAAGAAAUUAUUUAGUUAUCAA